AUGAACGGAGAUGGAAUGGUCCCAAUUUUGCCUGUCAUGUCAAUGGUUGUCCCCGGACAACACAUGAUCCAGCAAAAUGCGCCUUUUCCUAUGGCGCAAAUGCCUUCGCAAAUAGGAACCAAUUUAUCUGCUCAGCCUUACUCGACUCCGCAAAACCCACCAAAUGGAGAAUCAAACGGGAGUAAAAAAGCACCCAAAGAGAAGACACCCAUGUGUCAGGUGAACGAAAUCGCCAAAUUUAACAAACUUGCGCCAAAGUAUACGUUGACAGGGGAAGAAGGCCCGCCCCACCAUAAAACGUUUACUGUGACUCUCGAACUCGGCCCAGGAGAAAAGUAUGAAGGUUCUGGAACGAGCAUCAAGAAGGCGCAACACUCUGCUGCGAAAAAAGCAAUUGAGAACUGUCAGACACUAGAGAGACCCAAAUACAAACCGAAACGACCGAAACAGAUAAAUUACGACGCGCUAACUCCUACUGUUAAAUUAAACGGACUAGCGAUGAAGAGAGGAGAGAUGGCCCACUACAAAAUGGUUGACAGGAAGCCGAUUUUUCAUAAUAAUCAAUCAUACAAUCCCCAGUUUGCCGAUGGAAUGCCCCAGAUCUAUCCGAACGCUAACACUAAACGAAUCAAUACAAGACCACCGAAACUUUUUGUCGUCGAACUGACGGUUGGCGAGAAGGUAUUCCACGCUGAGGGGCGUACAAGACAACAAGCAAAGCACUCAGCUGCUACCCAAGCACUUGAAUAUUAUGAAAGAAACCCAGCUCCUGAAAAAGUGCCGAAACCGGCACAGUCAGGCCAGCCGAUUACUCCAGGAGAGCAAUCUCAACCGAAGAAGUCGGAAGUCUCCCUUGUCUACGAGUUAGCUCUCAAGCGAAAUUUAACUGUCCAAUUUGAAAAGAUUUCCGAAGAAGGACCUCCUCACUUAAAGCACUACUCGAUUAGGCUUCACGUAGGAAAUCCCGAAGAACAGGAAGACAACGAUCAAGUUACAUACUUUACUGCUGAAGGUCAAGCUCAAUCCAAGAAACUGGCCCGUCGAAAAGCCGCUAUCACUGUUCUUGAUGAAAUGCGUCGACUAAUUGAAUCAGAAGAGCGCGAAAAGCCCCAGCCCAAAGGCAAAGGACGAAAUAAGAAGAAGUCGAAUGUCAUCAAGGAAACUGAAAAACAGUCGCCUGACAUUUCACUUCAUCCUGUUUCCCGACUUGCUCAAAUCCAGCAAGCCGCAAAAGAGCGUGAGCCGAUCUACCAAGUUAUCUCUGAGAAAUCUGUCCAGCGGAAGAAGGAGUUCAUAAUGCAGUGCAUUGUGAAUGACAAGGUUUCUCAGGGAAUUGGUCCAAACAAGAAAACAGCAAAGAAAAUCGCUGCCGAGGCUAUGUUAGUCAUUAUGGGGCACGAGCCAAGCGUCGGGGACUGUGCCGACGAAGGCAAGCCGUCAAAGGCUGAAGGAAAGAGCGAUAAUGCUGCACUUCCGAAAAUGGCUCCGACUCCUUCGGGCAUCGCUCAGGCAACCAUUCUGCCUAACUCAGCUGCUAAAGCUGGACAAGUCAACGAGCCUCAACUCAAUUAUCUCGCCUCUCUUCAGGGCUUUUCGGUUAGCUUUACCGACUUCCCAAAAGACGGCCAGUUCUUAAGUUUGGUGUCGAUUGGAACGACUCCUCCUAUCGUCGCUCAUGGACAAGGCUCUUCUGUUGCUCUUGCUCACGAGGAAGCUGCUGCGCAAGCGCUCAAAGCCUUAAUAACUCGCGGCCUUGAAAACAGCUCGGGUUAA